AUGGAUGUUCACAAGUGGUCUAAACUGCAAAAACCUGGUCUUUUUUCUCCACUUAAGCUACCAAAUGGCGUUCCACUUUAUUGGAUGGUUAAAGGUACAACGACAGAUGGACAAACAAUUACAACUCAGUGCAGAUUACACACUUACGAUAAUACACUUCCUGAUGGACGCAUUGAUGUUCAUUACCUUUACACCAGCCACCCACAUAAGAUCGGUGGCACUUUAGUCGUGUUUGAUGACUCUUCACUGAAAUUUGUCCAGAGGUAUGCAAUUGGACAAUCACAAGGAUAUAAAGGAAAUCAAUAUAGUGAGUGGUUCCAUUUCAACUUCACAAAUACCCAUAAAGAAACUGACCCUGUUAAAUCAUUUGGAAAAGGCAAAACAGGGAAACUCAAUACCAAACCGCUAAAAUCAUUAAAAACAAAAGACAGAAAAGUGUGUGCACUUCAGUGUAUAGAUACCGGUGAAAAUUGCAUCUCUUUCGAUUAUGAGUUCCAUUCGGAAAUAUGUGACCUUCAUUCCGUCAUUGAAGGACCACGCGCUGAUAUCAGAUUGAGUGGUACAUACAAACAUUUUGAACGGACAGAUUUAAUGAACACACAUUCAUUUGAAGCAAACUUUGAUUUAGUUCAUGGUGAAAGGUACUUUAUCAAUGCAGAAAUUACAAACGUAUUGAUGUACAAAAGUAUCCUGUCAUCCAAAGGAACCAUUGUUGACUUUACUCCACCGGAACCCAACUUCAUUGGGCAUGCCACUCAAGAUCGACUUUCUGCUGACAAAUCUAAUUGGAGACCCUUCACAGAUAAAGAAAGUGGAAUAUUUGGAUAUACAUGGGCGUUUGGAACAAGUAUUUGCGGAACGGAAAUUUCAAAUUUCGAAAAUCCCCACAAACAUCUCUCAGAUAAAAGGUUUUGGACAUAUACUGGAUACGCUCGAGAUCUUCAUCUUCCUGACGGGAAAUACUACACCACCGUUCAAGCGGUAAAUAACGUAGUACAUGGAGGCGCCUUCGUCACCACCAUGUGUCAUUCCAUCCCAAUCGUUGUUGAUACAACACCACCUCUAUUUAAUGGCGUCUCGGAUUUAUUAUUUGAUGAGGACUUUAAUCUCAUGGUUAUAUACUUUGAAGCAGAAGACAAGGAAUCAUUUUUGUCGCGGGUUGAUUUUGGACUCGGUAAAACAAAGCAUGAUGUAGAGGUUCGGGGUUAUUCCAAGGUUGAUUAUUCAGAAAGGGAGAAUACCUUUAUUUUGAUCAAUGAUCUAAACCUAAAUGAUGGGGAACCGGUUUGGUUAAGACUUAGGGCAGUAAACAAUGUCGAAAUGUCAACAGCUGGACAUAGCGAUGACCCAAUACUUAUUGAUAGAACUAAACCCAUAGCAGGGAAGGUGUUGGAUGGAAAUAUUCUAGGACAUGAUCAAACUUAUCAAUCUGAAGAUAAUCGGAUAUGUGCCAGCUGGAAAGGCUUUUAUGACCCAGAGUCUGGGAUCGAAGAAUAUCAUUGGGGUGUUGGAACGUACCCUGGCCUUGACGACAUCAUAGCCAUGAAAACAUUAUCUAGAAGAACAACAAAUAUAUGUUCCUCUGCAAAACUUGUACACAAUGCCACUUACUACAGUGUCAUAGAAGCAAAAAAUAGUGCACUCAACUCAAAAGCUAUAAAACAGCUGUCUAACGGAGUUCUCGUGGACACAUCUGAACCAAAUACUGGAUGGGUUUAUGAUGGAGAUGACCCAAAGAAGGACAAAUUCUUCUCCUCUGAAUCUGCAUUGAUAUCAGCUAGAUGGGGAAACUUUUCAGAUGACGAAAGUGGCAUAGAUCAUUAUGUUGUAGAUGUUUACGUAAAUGAUGUGAAAACCCAAGCUUUUGAUGUCGGUAGCAAAAGUGAAUUAGACGAUUUAUCGAUGAGUUUUGCUCAUGGAGAUUAUAUUUACUCACUUCUCACGGCAUAUAAUGGAGCCGGAUUGUCAGUGAAAAUGAAAUCAAGUGGUUUUAUCAUAGAUCUAACCUCGCCGAUUUUAAAAUACAUUCAUGACACAAAAAAUGGAAGCUCCUUUCAGAGUGACUCUCAGUCGCUCUCAUAUGCCUGGAAAUAUAUAGACCCAGAGUCCGGCAUAAAGCAAUACCGUCUUACAGUGUAUGAAAUGUAUAAAGGAAUGAAAAUCAAAUUCUACCCGGCGAUUGAAGACUUUAUUUGUACCACUGCGGAAAAUAUUACUUUAACUGGUCUUUCUUUGCAAAAUGGAAGAAAAUAUCUCGUAAAAAUAGUCGCCAUCAAUAAUGCUGAUAUGCCUGUAUCACAUGAAUCAGAGGGCGUGGUGAUCGAUACAUCGGCACCAGUCAUUUCACAGGUUCAUAUUGGACUACCAGAGGUCGAAGAGGAAGAAGAAGAUGGUAAAGUGAUGCACGCUGAUCAGUCAGCCAUGACGGUCAGCUGGAGGGCUGCAGACUAUCAGAGCGGAAUAGUGAAGGUAUGGGUAGCAAUUGGACUCGACACCAACGACACAUCAAUAACAAACGGGUUCAAGGAAUUUGACGAAGGAAACGUAGUGCGACUUUCUGGUCUUACCUUAACCCCUUCAACCAUCAGUGACAAAGAAGUCCAGUAUUACUACGUUAUGGUCAAAGUACGGAAUGGAGCAGGUUUGUUGUCAUUACAAGCUAAUUCGAAACCUAUUUACGUAAUGAAGAGUAACGUACCUGGAACUGUUUUCGAUGGACGUGAGGCAUUAUCCGAUGAAGACUUCACUUAUGACAGAACAUCACUUGCCAUGUCUUUCAAUGGAUUCGAAAGUGAGGCAUGUAAUAUUAUUCAGUAUGAAUGGGCCAUAGGAUACAAGCCAUAUACAUAUGAUGUUCUGCCGUUUACUGACUAUGGAAUUGUUAUGCAUAAUCAAAGCUUUGGUCAAGCUCAAAUACAUAAAUCAUUAUACGAGGGUUCCACAUAUUACAUAACUGUUCGAGCAAAAACUGGUUUCAAUUGCCCAACGGGCGAAUACAUAAUAUCUUGUUCUGAUGGUAUCAAAUUAGACACCACAAAACCGCAAAUAGAUAUGAGCUAUGAGGGAAACGCAGUUACGUCAAAUCCAAUGCCUCUCUACCAGACUAGUAUAGAUUCUGUCAAUAUGAAGUGGAACAUACAGGAUUCGUCAAAGAUUUCAGAAUCAUGGUGGUCGAUUGGAAGCCUUCCAAAACAAGAAGAUGUUUCGAAGAAAAUUAACACUGCGAAUAACUUUAUUCCUGAUGGAUUUUUGAAGUUGUCUCAUGGACAGACAAUUUACGUCAAUAUUGGCGCAAAGGAUAAAGCUGGAAAUGAAAUGGUCGUGUCAUCACCUCCGAUCACUAUAGACACAAGUCCUCCUGAACUUCACAAUUUCACAUGUACUCCAUUUAUUUCUGUGCGUAAAUCUUUGGUCAUCUGCACAUGGGCAAUGAUAGAAGAAUGGGAAAGUGUUUUAGCUUACACUGCCAUUGGCAUCGGUAGGAACGAAACAUAUCCGGAUAUCUCUGAAUUUCAUACAUUUUCAAAACUGACGAGAAGCUGGACACGUGAUCUUCGCCUGAAAAUAAAGAAUGGCAACUUUGCCCAUAUCUAUAUAAUAGUUAAAAUGCAAAAUUUUGCCGGUUUAGAGACUUAUAAAUCGUUCAAGAUAGUCGUGGAUUCCACUCCACCAACUGGAGGAAUUGUACAAAUUGUGACCACAACUGCAACAACUAAUGCAACAAGGAGUGUUCAAAAAUGCCAGAUUCCGCAAACAUAUUUAGAAGCUCGAGUUACAAGCUGGACCGACGCUGAGUCCGGGAUCGACAGGUAUCAAAUAGCUGUUGGGUGUGAUGGGAAAACUACCAAUAUUCUCGAUUUUAGUAACUGGGAUAUAAAUGACAUCAUCCUAAUUCCUAAUUUAGCUAUGGAAACAGGCAGUAAUGUUGUAGUGACUGUAAGGACGUUCAAUAAAGCAGGACUGUAUAGACAAGUGAGAUCCGAUCCAGUCAUAAUAAGUCCAAAUCCCAAGCUCUAUGUUUAUGACGGUCCAACAGAAAGUGAUAUAGACUAUCAGAAAUCAUUGUCUUCACUGGAGGGGAACUGGCGAUAUUCAGAUAAUUGUCACAUUAAAUCGGUUGACUGGGGAGUGGAAAGCAUUGACGGUAAAGUUGUACAAAAAUUUCAACCUGUGCCAUCUGCCUUACAUCAUUUCUACUCCGAUCUCAUAAACCUAAAAAAUGGGGUAACUUAUAUAAACAUUAUAAGAACCACUGAUGCACUGGGAAGGGUUCGUGAAAGUAGAUCCGAUGGUCUCACUGUCAAAAUUCAGCCUCCUUCCCCUGCAACCGUGAGGGAUGGAUCAGAAAAUGACCGAGACUAUCAAGAGUCCACAAGCGAACUGCAUAUCAACUGGGACCCAUUUGGUAAACCGAAUAGCAGAGACCCAACAGAGAAAAUAGUAAGGUAUGAAGUUGCUCUGGGAAAUGAUGUGCGAUUCGAAGAGACCAGAAGUAAUGUUCACUAUUUUCUUGACGCAGGACUUUCAAACAAUUAUGUUUUCAAAGGUCUAAAUCUUACAUCGAAAACUGUAACAUAUUAUGCAACAGUACGGGCAUAUAGCCAAGCUGGAAGCUACCAGGAUGGAACAUCAGAUGGAAUUAAGGUUGGUUUCAGAGAAGUAUUAACAGAAGGUCAUGUCCAAUAUAAUGUUGCCCAAUAUAUGACUGACAGAAUAUCCGUUUCCUGGUCGGGCUUUGAGGCAGAUAUGGGUAUUGAUCACUUUGAAGUUGGUAUUUCAUCGAAAUCUCCAUCUUACCCCAAUGGAACACAUGAUUGCCAUACAUUUAGGGAUUUUGGUGAGGUUUUUGACACCAAGAAGAUGGAAGGAGUAGGGAAGGACACUUUUAAAGAUUUAAAACAGUUAUCUCUUCUUCACGGUCACAGUUACUUUGUCACUGUUAUUGCGGCAGAUGUUACAGGCAAAUGUGUUGGAAGCACUGGCAAAGCGGUCAUUAUUGACACAUCGCCUCCUGAAAAAGGGAAAGUUACCAUUGGAGGAAAAUAUUCUGAUAAUGUUGUUUACAUCAAACAUGAAGAUCAGAUAACUAUUGAAUGGAAAGGAUUUCAAGAUAAUGAAUCUGGUGUUUUAGACUAUGAGGUCAAGUUGUAUACGUCAACAACAUGCUAUGAUGGAGGUAGUGACCCAGAAAAAAACACAAAUAUUUAUACUCUAGAAAAAGCUGUAACUGUCAAAAAUGUAAACAAAAUGACGUUUUAUGAAUUACCUCUAAAACAAUUCAAAACCUACGUUGUCAAAGUGACAGCUAAUAGUAGGGCUGGACUCCAGACUUCAAGUUUGUCGGAACACAUCAGAUGCGAUACAACCCCACCAACAAAAGGAACAGUCAAAGUUGGUGACAGCUGGUUCAAAGAAGCUGCAUUCCAGCCUUUUACAGAUAAACUAAAUGGAACUAUUGCAUUAGCACAUUCAGACAUGGCAUAUCAGUGUCAAAGUCAAAGACCAUUGGACGCACAAAAUGAACUGGUACCUAUGAAAGGGCGUUUCCAAUCUGAAUGUGUCCUGAUAUCUGGUUCCAAAGUGAAAAUUGAAAUCCGUCAUGAUGAUAAUUUACGCGGCAUUAUAAAAGGGGGUGUAGAAUCGAUGAAGAAAGAAGUUAUAGCGGGAAAUUAUUCCAGUAAACUCACAACUGCUAGAGGCAAACAAAUGGUGACUUCAAUUUUUCUUGCGACUGGAAGUCAAUUUGUUAAAGAAACAUUAGAUUUCCAAGUUCAAGAAAAUCAAACUGACAUCGAUUAUGUUUUAAACAAUGCUUCAUCUGAUUCCUUUCCAAACAUAACAAAUUUUGAAACGUACAAUACGGAAAUGAUGAAUGAUUCGAAAAGGCUAAAUAAAAGUAUAGAGUACUCGGGCAUGUCCAAAAAUAUCAACCAUACAUCAAAUACGGAGAAGAGUUCUGUUUUAGGAUUGAAUGAUAUUUUUGGCUUUGGCUUUCAUAUACCAGGGUACACAAUAGAUAAGCAGUGGUUUGUUUUUGUAUGGGUAUUUGACCAGUAUAUUUCAACAUCAAGACAAAUACCAGUAGAUUUUGACCCAACCAAUUCAACUACAGAAUAUACUAUCCAAUUAACAAACAGCACAUUUGUUGGAAAAAAUGUCUGGAAUGUUAAGUUUUUCAUACGAUCUGAACAGAUAGCAGAAUUUAGUGGUUUGCGAUUUGAAGAAUAUGGUACGUUUGGUGUCUAUAACUGGAACGAAAAUGAAUACGUGCCACCUAUAGAAAAUAUCGAUUUUCCUAUUGCAUUUGAAGCUAGCAGUACCAUAGAGAUCAUGAAAGAACCGAUUCCUGCUGACAAGCCCUGUAUGUUCGGGUCGUCAUUUUUUGAAAAGGACAGUUUUAUUGAAGAGUUUUGGGUUAAGGUGUCUGAGUAUGAGAAUGAGACAGAUGCUUCAUUUGAUGGUUAUUUGUUAUAUGCUACAUUCUGUCAAAAAUGUGCUGAAAAUUGCAAUAUUGGAUGUAGGCAAGAUUGCAAGCCCUCCACGACAGAGUUUGAAAUAUUACAAUUUACCAUUGAAAAUCUUAACCUGACAGCAUCAAAAAUGUCUGGCGAUAGGACAAACGGAAGCGCUGUUCAAUAUGAUUCUACAACUUAUUUCAUCCACACCCUGAUUGUCAAUUCUGCAGGCAUCACUACUCAUUCCACUUCUAAGGGUGUAAUUAUUGAUAACACCCCACCAGAAUUUAAUUAUGUCCGAUGUGUAGAUCCCCUGUCUUCAACAGAGGAACCCUCUCUCUAUCAGGGAUCCAAUGACAGCUUAAGAGCAUACUGGGAUUGCAAAGAAGAUGUUGGACAAAUUGUCGACUAUAAAAUAGAUGCGGGUACAUCACCAGAAAAUAAUGACAUAUUGAGUGACCUACCCGUCGGAAAAGGAAGGAAGUUUUUAUCCUCUGAUCUGAAGGCUCCUUUGGAACACGGUAAAACAUAUUAUAUUACGGUGAGGGCUGUGAAUUCUGCUGGUCUGGUUGGAAGUGGAUCCUGUAAUAUUACAGUGGAAUUAUCACCACCUGAUGUCGAAAACCUUAUUGUGCAAAACAUGUUUACCCAAGACGAUGAGGAAACCUUUGAUGUUUCAUUGUCAACCAGCGAAAUUGGACUUCAAUGGCAAAAUGGCACAGAUGACGUUGAAUUUUAUGAAUGGCAGAUUGGAUCUGAGAAAGAUGCUGACGACAUAUUUCCAAGAAUAAAAGUGGGACUGACGGAAUCCAAGAAAGCAUCUAUUAAAAAUGGUGAACUUCUGAUUGAUGAUAUAUCUCUAAAUGCAACAGUGGGCGCCUUUGCCUCAAAAAACAAAACCAAUCACAAAGAUGUACCAAACCAGUCGUUCUUCAACAUGGAGCCAGGAUUAUGUUUGCAUAUUAAAUUGUUUGCUGUUGGGAGAUCACAUCUAUCAAGCAGUGUAAUUCCUAAGCCGACAUGCAUAAUUCGUGGACAAGAUGAACAGAUUGAUUUUACCAAAACAACGAAGGAAACGUUAAACGAUCCACUUACUUUAAUGCCUGUAUUGUCAAUUACUGGUAAAGAUAAUAUAAUUCUUGCUGGAAUGCUUUCUAAGUCGGAUGUCAUGCGUGAUUAUGGUACUGCAGCUUCUGACAGGUAUAAGCGGUAUAUAGUGGAUCCAAUUGACACCCAGAACAACACCGAAAGAAGUCUUCAGAAAAGAUUCAUUGGCAAUACGGAGCAUAUGUUUUACCUAUCACCAAUAACCAAUAUCGAAAGCAAGUUUGUAUUAGAUUUGCCAUUCAACCAUCACAAAUACGAUGUCAAUCAAGAGCGUCCCCUCUUGGUCUUCUGGAACAAAGAAAAUGAGAAAUGGGAAGAUGUUGAAACAAACUGCAAGACAUCAUCGGCCAUUGAUUACCGGAGAGGAACAAUGACAAUACAGGUAUGUGGCAAUAUCUUUCUCGUUGACAAGGGGCAUGAAGAGAGACAAAAACGGAGCGCUGCUGAAAAAGGAAUAAUGCAGUCCCCUCGAAUGUUUGCUUUAAGAAAAAUAUCUAAGACCGUCCAAAAUAACCCGCCAUUCAUUAAAACAACUGAAAUUCAGUACGAAGAAGAUGUAACAUCGUCAAAGUUAAUCAAAGUGGGUGAUCCAGAGAAUGACUCACUAUCUAUCACAUUAAUCAAGUCACCAAUACAUGGAUCGGCAAACCUUACAACAGAUGGUGUCCUAACUUACCUAUCUCGCCGAGACUACAAUGGAGAUGACGUCAUAACUGUAAGAGUCAGCGAAGUCAAUGUCACAUCUCAACUGACACCUCUCCAGAUCGAAAAGAACAUCAAAAUAACGGUUCUUCCACAAAAUGAUGAACCUAUUUUGACAUUUAAACAACGAUAUCUUGACAUGAAUUGCACCAAAAACAACAUCACCUUGGAAGUUCUUUUGAAUGGAAAUGAAACUAGACAUAUCUUCUUUGGAUUUCUCAUAUUGGAUGAUGUAGACAGCAAUGACACUGUACAUCUAGGGACUAUGCACAACAACACUCCUGGUAGUUAUUUCUUGCUUGAACAACAAAGGGACAAUAAGGCGAUUGAUGGUCAUACCGGCAUUCAUAGGGAAUAUAGCAUCAAGCAAAACAUACACAAGUCAUUCAGUGGGCUUGCAGAGUUUGCAGCCCGUGCCCAUGAUGAAUUUGAUAGAGGAAAAGUUUCUUUCAGCAAAGAAUUUAGGAUCAGUACUUACAUUCUAAUUAAUCCCUGUAUUCACGGCCUUUGUGCAAACACAAGUAAUGUUCCCUGCAUGGACAAAUCACGAGCUUUCAGUUUCGAGAAUUAUCGUUGUGAUUGUUAUCCAGGAUAUCGAGGUGAAUGGUGUCAAGAAGACAUCAAUGAGUGCGUUCCAAAUCCCUGUUCUGUAUUCUACGACUGUAACAAUUUAAUUGGACGGUAUGAUUGCACCUUGAAUGGAGCCAAAUCCUUUGGCCUGGCUGUAGGAUUCUUUGUUAUUAUGGCUACAGUUUUCCUUCUGAUAAGACGCUGUAUCCUGCAAAAGCGACCUCUGAACAACAAAAUCGCGCCGAUCAAUAUCUGGGAUGAAACUGUGACUCGAGAGAACUCUGAGAUAAAAGAAUUUCCUCUAGAUAGGCUAACUGCUAAGCUGUCAAAAGCACAACCGCCCAUGUCUGACUCUAUAGAAAAAAAUAUCAAGCGGUUGUUUUUUAAACGAUACAAUCUGAUGGACACUGUUGGUCAUGAAGUAAAGGGUGGAUCUAUAAGUCUGCAUGAAAUUGAAAACGAUCAUGACUUCAAUAUAGUCGAAAACCAACGAAGUAGAAGAACUAGGUUGGUGGAGGAGGAUAUACAGACUAUGUUAGCACCCCUGUCGUCUUACAGUUCCUCUGUUGGAAAGAGUCUUCCGCCUCACCUACAGAAAGCGCACAUGGAGAAAAGCAGGAGCCACAACAGUCCAAUGUUCUCCUAGGCAUAAAAUAAGCAUACAAGAAAGCGGAUUUAAUUAUCUUUUAUCUUUUUUCACAUAUUUAACCAGAUCUUGUACUCUAAAUGUCGAAUCAUGUUGACUAGCAUUAAACUGACUUGCAUUUAUA